CCUCCGUCGCUUUCCCGGAAAAGAAAAGGACUGGAAAAUUUUUACAACCGAGUCGAAAUAGCAGUUAAACUUAAACCCAUCCACAAUACCUCUCCUUUGGUCUCUUUUUUCAUAAUAUUUUCUUUUAUUUUUAUCUUUCUUUCUCCCUUUCUCAUUUUUUGAAUCCCGCGCAAUCCCAAUUCGCUUCUUCAGUUCUUCCUCUUCUUCUUCUCUGUUUCUGUUCUUCUUUCCAGAAUUUAGGGCUUAUCGUUCUGUUUCCGAAUGUUCCUCGCGCUCUAACAAUUCUCCCCGAAAACAAGCACCGACGCCCGAUAAAUUCGCCAAUCGGCAAUCACUUUGAUGGCGGAGGAUACGGCUCCUCUUGGCGGCGGCGAUUCGUCGUCGUCCGCGAGGGCUCCGUCGUCCUUCGUGAAGAAAGGCGACCGACAAAUGUUCACAGUGGAGCUUCGGCCGGGAGAGACCACCAUAGUGUCGUGGAAGAAGCUGAUGAAAGACACCAAUAAGGUUAACAAUAAGGGACCCACUUCCGCACCAGACUACCUUCCCAAUGGGAACCCUGCGCUCGAGGCCAGAAUCGCUCCGGGACAACCUAAGGAGACUGAAGAACAAGGCGCUCCUCAGCCAAAUCGUUUCAGUGCUGUAAUAGAAAAGAUUGAACGCCUUUACAUGGGUAAGGAUAGCAGUGAUGAGGAGGAUCUACUUGAUGUUCCUGAUGAUCAGUAUGAUACAGAAGACUCUUUCAUUGAUGAUGCUGAAUUGGAUGAGUAUUUUGAGGUUGAUAACUCUGCAAUCAAGCAUGAUGGAUUCUUUGUAAAUAGGGGGAAAUUGGAACGCAUAAAUGAACCUCCAGUAUUACCUAUCCAGCAAGCAAAGAAAAGGCGUCGAAAAGAUAUAUCAAAGAAUCCUGGAGAAAAUAUUGAUGGUCAUGUAUCAAAUAAACUUGUAAAAGUGCGAAAGACUGCCGUUGGGAAGACUGCAUCAUUACCUGUGAAAAACAUGCUCAGUUCCUCACAUAAUUUUGCCGUACCUGGUGAACAUUAUGAAGACAUGAAAUUUCAGAAGCAAAUGGAUGUCUCUGGAAUUAGUUUGAAAAGGAAAACUGCUGACGCUACACCAAUUUCGGACCCCCCUGUCUGUUUAAAAGUAUCAAAUAAUGAUCCUCCUGCUGCAGAAGGUCCUGAUAAACAGAAGACUGGAAUGUCUCAGUCUAAGAACACUGGUGACAAACUUAAAGAUGCAAGUGGAUUGGUUGAUAUUUCUCAUCACAAGUACCAUGAAAAAAAUUUAUCUGCACAUUCAAAAUCCCAACCUGGAAAAUCCUCAAGUAGUGUUGACAAUUUAGAAAACACUGGCCAGUCAAAAGAUAAAAAUUUCAUCCGGGAACUGCCAGAUCUAAACUUGGCUGCGGGAAAAAUUGCUGUACAUGCACCAAAAUCUGAACAUGUGCUCAAGAAAGGUGGUUCUAGUGCUAGGCCAAAAAUUACAACGCUUGAGAAAGCUAUUCGAGAUUUGGAGAAGAUAGUCACGGAAUCAAGGCCACCAACUAUGGAAAACCAGGAGGGUGAUAACACACCUCAGGCUGUCAAACGGAGAUUGCCUAGAGACAUAAAGCUGAAACUUGCUAAAGUGGCUAGAUUAGCACAGGCAAGCCAAGGGAAAGUAUCAAAGGAUUUAAUUAACCGUCUUAUGAGUAUUCUUGGGCAUCUGAUUCAACUGAGAACUCUAAAGAGAAACUUAAAAAUUAUGAUCAGUAUGGGUUUGUCUGCAAAGCAGGAGAAAGAUGAUAGGUUUCAACAGAUAAAGAAGGAAGUUGUUGAGAUGAUUAAGAUGCAGGUCCCAUCCAUGGAAUCGAAGCUACAGCAGCAAGCUGAAGCAUCUGGGGAAAAAGAAAUGGGUCCUGAUGGAAAAGCUACAACUAAAAACAUUUUUAGUAUGGACACUGCAUUGGAAGACAGGAUUUGUGAUCUCUAUGACCUUUUCGUUGAUGGUUUAGAUGAAAAUGCCGGUCCGCGAAUCAGAAAGUUGUAUGCUGAGCUUGCAGAAUUAUGGCCAACUGGUUACAUGGACAACCAUGGAAUCAAGCGUGCAAUUUGCAGGUCAAAAGAGAGGCGCCGAGCACUGCACAUCAGACAUAAGGAUCGGGAGAAAAUUAAGAAGAAUAAGUUAUUUGCACCUCGACGAGAUGAGAAUGCUCGAUUGGAUGCUAAUCCAAUUACUUCGCAACAGCCCAUGCGAGAGAGAUUAGCUACAGAUUCUAGCAGUCUUAAUCAUACUUCAGUAAACAAGGCAGUUUCUAUUACAGUUGCCGCUCCACGGGUGUACAAUCCUUCUUUGAAUGGUUCAAAACAAGAAAAAGCAAAGGGAAGUUCUAGUGGUUCUCUGGAUGAUGGCGGGGAUGAAGAUGUUUUAGUAAAGAAGAAAGUAAAGAGAAGGCCUGAACAGGGUUUAGAAGGAAAUCAUUUUCGCCCUGGGAAGAUGACGGCUUUUUCGCGAGGUGAAAAGCCUAGGUCUCUAAAGCAGUCUGCAGGUGUUCUCCCCAAAUCAAACAUUCAGCCAAGUUCUCUUCAUGGUCUUGAGCAGUCAAGCUAACGUGAUAUCAACUAGGAUGUCUACUCAACAGAAUCUCCUCUUUACAGUUUUUUACCUUUAUAUAUUUUUGGUGCAGUCCCCCUCCCAAGAUCAGUUAAUAUCCUAUUUACUGUUACCAUUUUUGUAAUUAAUUUCCUUGAAAUGUAGGUA